AUGGAAACCUGUCUCUGUAGAACAAUCCAUACCCUGACCAAGGACUACGACGCGGUCCAAGCCAAAGAACUGAUCCCUGCACUGAAUCGCCACCUAGAAGAUCUGCGACAAUUUCUAGCGCAAGCGAAAUCGCUCAGUCGUCAGGUACAGUACCAGAUCACACCGCGAAACCAACGAACCGGCAAGGCCCUCUUUGUAGACUCGGUUGACCUCACUCCUGUCGAUCGCGUAUGCUCCAGAUUCGAUAACGAUGUAAAUGGUUUCUGGGCGGGCUCGGAUGAUCAUGUUCAUAUUGAGCUGCGUCGGCGACUUGCUUGCGUUGUCAUAUUUCUUCGCUCUAAACUGGAUGCUCAGAUGCUGGCCCCUCCUCAAGUGGCUAAAGUAUUCCCUAGAGCGCAGAAUCUCACAGAUAUGAGAAACCCUGGCAGGAAGUAUGUUCAGAUAUCACAGAGACUUGGUGGCGUAGGAGCAAUCUUCUGGCUUCCACUCAACGUCCCACCUUCGACUUAUGAGAGAUAUCUCAGUGUUGACGACGAAGAAGUCUUCACCCAUUUAUCAUCCCUCAAUCCAGCAUUUCAGAAUUACAAUAUGCUUGCACAACGCCUAGUGCUUAGCCAGCUAUGCGACCCUUCGUCGCCAGUACUGUAUCAUAAUCUGUUCAGCGAGUUUGCUUCAUUUGUUCCUGCCAAAGACCAGUUAUUCCUUGUAAUGUACGCACUCGGCGGUGCCGACAUACCCGCUGUCUUGUUGACGAGUGUACGCUUGCCACAACGACGUUGGAACGCCGAGGGAGAGGUGGAACAGACCAGUGCUGCUCAGUUUGGACUACCCGUUAAUCUUCUCGAUCUUCUAUGCGACGAAACAAUGCUCUCCGAGGUCAUGAUAGGGCCAUGCGUUGUCAACCGAAUUCGGGAAGACAAUACCAUAUCUUGGUCCUUGAGUCCCGAUACCAUGUCGAGCUUCGAGGAAGUUUUGACCCCACAAACGAUAGAAGUGCUCGAAACGACAGCGUUGAAGCUCAUUUGCUUUGUUUGCCCACUGUGCUAUGAGGGUAACACGGACUGGUCACCGUCGUUGAAACAAGAAGUUUGGACAAUACUCGAAAGGCUUCUGAAAACAUGCAAGAUAUCAACUUCCCUCAGAACCCACAUUAUUGAAGCCGUCCUAUAUUUUGGAGAGAGAGACUCAGUUGCCAUCCGCCAUGCUGCCGUCAAACAGGCCAAAAUCCUGUUACGAAAGUCAAUGCCCUACUAUCUCCACGCCUCAGUCGUGCUCUUUCGCAGCAUACUACAUCGCGUUGAUGGAGAACUUGCCAAGUCGGAAGCACACAUACGUGACUUUCUGUGGCGAGGGCCACGCCCAACUACCCGUCGGGACCAUGCACUCGAGGGUCGUCUUCAUAUUUCUCAGAUGGAGAACAAGAUUAAGUGCUACGAUACUGAUGUACCUUCAUUUGCCUACAAGUGGGAAGCGAAGCAGCCAUUGUCAACUCUGGACAUGGAAGUGACGUUUCGGCUCCAGAGCACAGCCGCUCGAUACUUCCAGUCUAUCGGUGAUUUCGAUGCAGCAAGGGCUUCUCUAGAGCAGUUUCUAUCACUGGGACGAAUCAAACCUAUACCUGCGAAUUCACGCCGAGUCUUGCUUAGUAGAUUAGCUGAUGUGUAUUGCGAGAUGGGGGAGUACCUCAAAGCGAUCGAAAUACUCGAACCGGAACUCGACCUGAUCAAUACAUGUGACCGCAUGCGUCGUGGCUUUCGAAGACUUAUUCUGGCACUAGUAGAGGCUAACAUCGGACUGAAAAGAUUAGAAACAGCAGAUUCAGCAAUCCAGGAGUUAUUGGGCGAUCUGCCUCCCUGUCAAGCUGAUAUCAACGACCAGCAGCUGCAUAUAAGAAUGCUCCUGGCUUCAGCACGCAUCGUCCAUCUCAGGUCAGACCCAUGUGAAGCCAUGCUGCGCUGGACACUUGCGCUUCAACAAGUUAGCCACAUGCAUGCUCUCGGUUCAUCUCGUGGGUUCAUAGCCGCCGUGUGUCACUUGUCCUUGGCUCACGCACAGGUCUCGAUCAGCGAUAAAUAUGAGGCUCAUCGCUCAUGGACAACAGGACUGAGGAUCUUGGCGAGUGAGAAAUGCGAAUUCUGGAUUCCUGUUGUGCCUACUGUUUGGAUUCCGAGGGUAGCGGCAGAUAUUUACCAUUCCCAAGGUUGGCCGUUUCGCAUGAUGCUACCUGGAGGAAAGCCAGAUGUCACGCAACAUUGUUUUCAAGGUAGUGCCCAUAGCAUGUAA